GACGAAGGAACAUAAAAUUCGCGUAAAUCUCAUUCAUAUCCCUCAGUUACGCUUGUAGUCAUCUUGUUGCCAUAGAAACGACUAUGUAGUAUAAACAAAAUUGUAAAAGGCUAUCUAAGAAUGCAUUACUUCGACAAUAAUCUUAUUAUUUUAUGUUUUAUAGUAUUUCUUGUAACAAUUGACGAUACGAUUGGUACGAAUAAUGAAAUUUUUGAAAUAUCACAACCUAAUUUAUGUAAAAAUGACGAAUACUUUGAUACGAAAUAUUUUUCUUGUCGCAAAUGUAAUAUCUUCGAAUUUCUUGAACCCAGUACUGAUCAUUUGAUCAAUUAUUUAAUACUUUUUACAGAUUUACGAUGCGUUUGCAAUAAAUUUAGUAAAACAAUCGGUUUUAAAAAUGGUAAUCCCAUUUGUGCAAAAUGUAAUUAUAAUCAAACUGUAACUACUGAUGGCAAGGACUGUAUUGUUUGUCCAAAUAAUAUUUGCAAAUGUUCAUCCAACGAUAUACUAAUGGAAAGAAACUGGGAUGGUACAUUAUUGAACAGUAUAAAAUGUCUUCCGUGUCCAAAAAAUACAUAUCCAUCUAAUGCGAAUUCUAAAUGUUUGCCAUGUAAUAACUUGGAUAAUAGAAAUCAAGAAAAUUGUGUUUGUCCACUAGGAUCGCAUGUUAAAAUACAAGGAUAUUGUUUAAACAGAGAUAAUCUAGCGGAUUGGCCAGAUAUUAAAAGUACUUACACAAUAAAAUUUCAAAGCAAGACUGUAGACAGUUAUUACCUUAGAACCGAAUUACAAGCAGCUAUGUACUUUUGUAAAGUAAGUAAAAAAUUAAUCUUACAAAGCUUUAAAAAUGUCCCUGAUUAUGAACUUAUUAAUAUAAUUUUUCAGAAUAAAGACAAGUUGUCUUGUGAACAUUUAUCGCAUAUAUGUGUUUUAACUUUAUAUGUAAGCAGCGUACAAUGUGCAUUAUUUAUGCAAACACAUAUGGCACCGGUCAAAUUAUUUUACAAUAAAGAUGAAACAUCACUGAUAUUAAAUACCAAAAAUAUCUCACAAAUAUACAGUUUGAAAAAGGAUGACGAUGUAUACACAUUUUUUAUUAUAUCUGUUUUAGAAAAAUCAGGUGAUUUUAAUACAUUGAAUUUUACAAUGGCAACAUUUUCUUUAGAAGGCAAGCUACUUGAAAUAGGUAGUCCAAGCAUGCCUUGUCAUUUCCUUACAAACGUUAGAUUUGGAGUUAAUCUUAAUAAAAAAUGUAUAGUCACUGUAAAGGAUCUCCUAAAUAUGGAGGUACAAUUUCAACAACUCUAUUUAACAUACAAAGAGGAAGAAAAAGUUCUUUCCCAUGCAGUACCAAUUAAUAUAAAAAAAGAAUACGAGGUAAAAAAUAUCUUUAUAUCAAAUUUAGUAUAUCAAUGCAUUCAUUUAUAUAAUUUAUAUAUUCUUUCUAUACUUCAGAAUGAUUACGAUAUAUCGGAGAAUCAACUUGUUAGAAAAUUCUUUUUGGUAGACAAUAUAAGUGGCAUUAAAGCAUUACCAAAUUUUGUGACUGGAACAUUUCUAAAAAAAUCUAACUUAUCUGUACUUCGUUACAUGAAAUCAUUUACUAUCUUAGUAAAUAUUCAAACCAGUAAACCUCGUGGAAAAAUUUAUCCGCCCUUAGUGAUUAUAGAAUACGGAGAAUUAACGGAGCAACAAAUUUCUAGAAACGUAGAAGUUGUAAUAAAUUAUAAAGUAACAUUUGCUUUAAAGGAGAAUCAUAUAAAUUCUAAUACUCAGAUACUUAUUGGUGUUUUAUCAACCAUAGCAAUUAUUAAUUCAGCAUUAAAAACUUGGACAUAUUGUAAAAAAAACUAUAGUUGUAUUCCUAAUGUAACAGUUUCAUUAUGGUUCUUUAUAUAUGUGAUGGGUGCUAUGGGAAACACCCUUAUUAUUAUAUCAAUUAGUAUAUGCAUAUAUUUAUUUAUAUUUUUUAAAGGGCAAACGAUCCCAUACACAUUACUUCCAAACAUGUCUAAUGAACAAAAUAUACAGAUCUUUACUAUAAUUGGAUUUUGUUUAAAAGUAAGUUUAUGUUAUACAGUACUAUAUAAACAUAAUUUAUAAUUCAUUUUUUAAAAUUAUUUCAUUUUGCAGAUCGUAGAAAUGAUAGGAUUCAUUUAUCAACAUUGGGACAUAUACAUAUUUUUCAUUGAUUGGGAACAGCCAAAAAUAAUGCGUGAUUCAUCAAAGUACGAUUCUCCUUAUACUUCAUUUCGAAAAUUGUAUACUAAUAUAUUAAUUGACGGUAAAGACGAGAAUCCAAAAACUCCAUCUGAAAUUAUUGCAGCUAGAAGAAAUAAAACGUUUAAAAAAGCAAGCAAAAAAGGUGCACCUAGCAAAAUUUUCAAACCUGUAGAAGAAGAAGAGUUUCAAGAAACAUAUUCUAUUUCUAAAUCUUCAAUGCAAAGAGAAGAUAAUACUCAAAUGUCAGUUAGUAUUUGGAGAACAUAUCUUGUUGCUAACGAAUGGUUAAAAUUACUAACAAAACGAAGAAUAAAUAUAUCGUUACAAUUAAUUAGUACUUUGUUUGUUUUAGAGGUCAUAGGUGUAAAAUAUUGGAGCCUAGCUAUACCAGAAAUAACAAUUAAUAAGCAUCCUGAGGUGAGAAUGAAUUUUUCACUACAGUAUGCUGUUUGUGCUAUAGUAUAUAUUACAAUUUAUUUUAUUCAAUACUUAAUAUCCAUUAUAUUUUACGAAAGAUUUAUAAAGAAUCAAAUGCAACAAUUUGUUGAUUUGUGUUCAAUUGCUAAUAUCAGUGUAUUUAUCUUGGAAUAUAAUUAUUACGGAUUUUAUAUUCAUGGAAGAUCAGUUCAUGGAUUUUCUGAUACAGAUUUAUUUACUUUAAUAAAUAAUUUAAAGAACGAAGAGAAUCAAUUAUGUGCACAUAGAGGUCUGGUUCCUGGUACAAUAGAACAAAAUUUUGUAGUAUCAGUAACACCGACAUUCAGAACAUUCUAUGAAAAAUUUUAUACUGAGAAAGAUUUUGUGAGUUUUUUGUAAUCAUCGAUACCUGUAUGAAUAUAU